AGAGCCGCUCUUGUGCAACCAACACCAGCACCUCCUCCACUAAUUCACAGACUUCAAAUUCCCCCACAAACAGCCCAUCAGCUUCCACAGUGAUCAGAUUAAUAACAACAAUAGACUGUGAUCACACAAGAGGAGAUAACCGGCGCUGCUCGUCCUCCGUGGGAUACUUGGAUACCUACAGCAGCGGGAUCCAUCCCUGCUCUUCUCUCCUUUCUUCACGCCUGAUCCACACCUGUGUUUUCCACUUUGAGAACACCCGCUGUUUUUGUGUAACUGCUUGGAUACCUGCGCGUUGUGCUUUAUAAAUGUCGGACUGAAUAUAACUGCUAUGACAGGGAAACUAGCGGACAAGCUCCCUCUUACCAUGAGCAGUUUAAUAAAUACGAUCCCUGACAGUCUGUACCCAGAAGAGGACAUCCCGACGUCUAUGAAUAUUUUCACCAGUACGGAAUCUAUUAACCACUAUUCACAAAUGAACACAGAUAAUAUCAUGGAUCUGGGCAUGGGAAGCGAGAAAGCAACCACAGACAUUCAGUAUGGAUCCAGUUUCCAGUCCAACCGCAGCGGGCAGACUGUCACCUAUCUUGGGAAGUUUGCCUUUGACACUCCUCCCUCAGGUGGCAUUGGUGGCUCUGGCUGGUGCUCUGAUAACAAUAUAAUCAGCCUUGUCAGCGCAGGAAUCCUGGGUGUUUCUCCAUCACCCGGCACAGUAACGACACAGACAUCAUCCUCCACAGCCAGCAUGGGUGGACAGACAUCAGACAUGGAGCAGGUAUAUGGUCCGACACUGCCUGCCUAUUCCACCUGCAGUGACCUUUACCAGGAUCAGGUCUCCUUCCACCACAGCCCUGCCACCAGCACAGCUCUAGCCUACCCUGGCAAUGACUAUCACUCCACAUCCAAAGCCUCAAUGGAUGGCAGCCUUUUCUCCAUGAUCCCUGACUACAACCUUUUCCAUCAUCAGGGGGAGGUUGGGGUGAUGGAGCACAAGCCCUUCCAGACCAUGGACCCCAUCCGAGUCAACCCUCCACCUAUCACACCCCUGGAGACCAUCAGAGCAUUCAAAGACAUGCACCAAAUUCACCCAGGUUUCAUUGCCGGGCAGCAGCACCCUCCUCAGCAUCACCCACCGCCACAGACUCUCACACUCAAACCCAUACGACCACGGAAGUACCCCAACCGUCCCAGCAAAACCCCUGUCCAUGAACGGCCACACGCCUGUCCGGCAGAGAACUGUGACAGACGCUUCUCGCGCUCAGACGAGCUCACACGUCACCUUCGAAUCCACACAGGUCACAAACCCUUCCAGUGCAGAAUAUGCAUGCGGUCCUUCAGCCGGAGUGACCACCUGACCACACACAUCCGCACACACACAGGUGAGAAACCCUUCUCCUGUGAGUUCUGUGGACGCAAGUUUGCCAGAAGUGACGAGAGAAAGAGACAUGCAAAGGUUCACCUCAAACAGAAGGACAAGAAGCCAGCUGACAAGAGCAGCGGGGCAGCGGGGAGCCACAGCUCGCCGCCCAGCUCCUGUGGGGGGCCAACAGUGGGAACAUCAUGACCGUCACUACAUGCACUUGGACUGGACCCUCAUCAUGCCCAAUAAGAGACUUAGCAAGAAGGGAUCAUUUCCUCUAUGAGAUAAAUAGGUGACUCUUUUCCUCUCUUUUACAUCCCCUGCUCUUUUCAGUUGUAUUCCUUCUAUUUUAAGAUGGAUGCCUUUAGUUUAAUUAAAUGGGGAAAGGCUGCUACGCCCUUCUCUUUCAAGCAACUCAGAGCCUCAUCUACUGUAACACAGUGCCAACACAAAGAAGGGCACCUUGGCCACUGUGUAUCCAUAGGUUUUGGGGUGAAUACACUUUUGUAUAUUUUACAGAGAAUUUCUAAAUUGGAACGAAGCCAGUCGAUUCAUAAGGGUCGAAACUGACAAAACUACAAUGGAGAAUAGUUAAAGGGUGAGUUGCCUGAGAUGUAUGCAUUAAUUUUAUUGGGCUGUUUAAAAGUGCAAUUGGUUAUAUUUGUGUACUGUCAUGGAUACUUUAUUAGUGGCACUUGACCGUCUUUUUGUUGUUUUUGUUGAGGUGUAGUGUUUGAAUGUUGUUUUCUCAAAUGAAUGUGCCAAAUGUAUUGUGGUGAUAUAGCCAACCUUGUUCUUAGUAUUGUGCCUGACAUUUGCCAAACAUAACAGUGGAAUCAGCUUAGCACACAUGUAGACCUAUAGGAAAGAUUACAUUCACACACUGUAUCUCAGAUUCAGAUUUACCUGCACAAGUUGGUUAGAUCUACAUAAUGACUGAAUGGGUCACACAAAGCAAACCGGUGUGUUGUCCUGUUAACCGUACUUCUAAAACAGACAUGACUGCAGCUAUCGAUGCCAUUGCCAAUACUUAUUUACUUGUUGUCACUGAGAGACACCGUGUAUUUCUGUUGCCUUUUUAUAUGGUGGAUUUCUGUGGUGUUACCAGACAUAAUUUCAGUUGCUUUUUUUUUAAGUUCAUCAAUAUUGUUCAUUUUUUCAGUUGUCUUAAGGUCUUCAAUUAUAUGCAAUAUAAUUAUGACAUAUGCCACCAAUUUAUAAAUCAAAUUAACUGAGAGCACAGUUAGACAGACUGAAUUACUUAAAUAUAUGACACAGGAUUGCAAACCAGCAGUAUAUGAAUGCAGAGAUGAAUAAAGGCCUUUGUCUGUGCUUGAGUGCAAAAAGACUACUUGGUUUAAGUCGUCUAAAGAUGAGCAACAUAUGGUAAGAAAAAACCCCAGAAAUUUCCAAAUCCAUGUUUACAUCUUUUCUAAUACAAAGAGGUUGAGAUUAAUUUGUAAACUAAUGAGUUGUUGUUUUGUACAGUAUACAAAUAUGUAAGCAGGUAGCUGCAGUAGAAAUUUCACUUUUGUACUCAAUUGUCAAAUGCACCAUAACUCAGUAUUAAAUUGUACAAGUAAGUGCAUGCCUUCAUGCACACUGUGUAAAUACGAAUGUCUGCAUAAACAAGAAAUUUCAAUUGACUGAAUGCUUGUGCGGAAUGUGUCUUAAAGCUUUUACUAAUGUAGUUAUACUAUAGAAUAUUUUGUUAUCAUAGGUCAUUGCAAAAAUUUUUGGAGCACUAGAAUAGUGCCAAAUAUGGUGUAUUCUCUUCCAUUAAAAAAGAAUACUUGCAUUCGCACCAUGUGUACGCUUUAAAGUGCUAACUGGUUUAAAGAAGCACUAAUGUGUUCUCUGAAUAAAUGAAAAGUUUUUUUUAAACAUUUUGUGUAUUUCCAUUAUAGCUACAAUCAAUUAAUUCAAUUAACACAGUUUCCCCAUUGUAAAGAAAACAGUAGUUGUUCUUGGAGACUAAAUGACUGAAUCUUUUCAUAAACCAAACACAUUAUGUCAGUAUUUUUUCACAUGUGGCUCCUUAUUGAUCUUAGUGCUGAGAGAGGGAAACGCCUCCUUUAUCAAUCAGUGAAACAUUUUGUGUAGGCUCCCUUCUUCCAGUGGCUUCUCUGGGAUCUUAAGUGUAACAUAAUGAUAGUGACAACAACAACCACCCCAUUUGAUAAAGGUUUUUUGCUUUUUCCUCUGGAGAGCUUUUUUCAGCAAGAGACUGUAUUAUGGUUUGUGGUGCAAAUGCAAAAAGUCAUACUGAGAUAUUUAUGGACUAUGGCUUUUUCCUCCAAUACAAUUAAUUUAUUACAUUUUGGUUAAACAGGAAUGAAAAAUUGGGAAUAAGGAAUGAAUACAGCAACAUAUUGAGGUAUGUGCUUUUGUCAAGGCAAGUACAAAACACAGAUGUCAAAAAUAAUAAUAUUGACCUCACCAAACAACACAUUCAGAUUUUUUCCAUUAAUGUUAAUGAAAUGUAAGAGUAAUAGCAUUCAGUGAGAUAAAAAAAAAUAAUUAAUUUUAUUAGAAUCCUUAAAAUGUAUUGGUCAAAUCCCAGAUAAACAUAGUUUUCUUUUAAAAGCAAUAUUCUUUUCUCUAUCUAGUUUGACAAACAAUGUUUGUAGUUAUUGGCUGUGCCAUUAAGAAGUGUAUGUGGUAUGUAAAGCAGAGAAUUUAGAGAAACAUUGUAAUAAUCUGGACAAGAAAAAUAUUGUACCGGUCAGUAGACAUGGCAAUCAGACUUAAAGAGAAUAUCGACUGACAAAUGCAAAGGUCAAAGAGAGGUUCAGAAAAGCAGUGCCACAGAGAAUAUAAUGCAUACAGAAAUGUGCUUCUAAGGCCAUGGUUUCUUUUUCCUGUAACAACCAGUUUUCACUGCUGGGCUUCCUGGCAAGAGUCCACUUAUUUUCCAAUUAAUUUGGCCUCAGAGAGUCUUUUCUCAACUCAUCUACAUGCUUAAAUGAACAGACCUCCUUGCACUUUUUGAGAUAGUUUAAAAGUUCACCUACCCUGCAACAUCUAACUGUAAAUCAAUGGUUGCAUCAUAAAAAAAUACAUUUUUUUAUUGUAUGUGUGGUCACUGACAAAAUCUGAGCUUAUGCAAAUAAAAUGCAACUGAAAUGAAAAUCUCAACUUAAUAGAGCACUUGGAAGUUUCACUUUUUGCAUGUUACAUCAGCAUUCCGUAUCUCUGUUCUCAAAUAAUUAGCUUUGAUUCAAACAUUAGAUUGAGAUUUGUCAGGUUAAAUCUUGCAAUGAUGAAUGGCCUCUAUUGUAAACAUCCUGUAGCAGACAGCCUCGUGGAGUCAGCACAAAAAAAUAUGUAGUAUAUGAGAUGAUAUGAACUAUAAAGUGUUUAUCUCUAAUGUUUAUCUAGAAUAAUCUGAAGUUAGACACUGAUUAUAGACUCUGGAUGAUUUUGAAUUUAUUUGACCAAAAAAUAUGCUCUUGUGUCCCCAUGAUUUGACACUUUGCUGGUGAGAAUGGAUGUUUUUAAUUAUAGUAUAUAGAAUGUGCCCCCCUCUAGAAGAAAACUGUAUUUAUGUUGCUUUGUGUUAAGGAAUAGUGCAGAGUCAGGUGGAGAACACCAAACUGUUUCCAUGAAUAAAUGAAGCCGUGUAAUUACAGCAUUGCCAAUUCAAUAUUUCAUCGAUCACAUCAUCUUUCUGUGUUUAUCACUUUUGUUUUAUGACAUUUUUGCAAUGGAAAGAUUUGUACAAUUUAUAUAAUCUCCAUGAAUCUCAUUCCCUGAAUUUGGUGGAUGAACAACAUAACAACCUGCACCAUGUUUUUUUUAGCUAUAAUCCUUCUGUGUAAUGUAUGAAUGUUAUAGAUAUAUGUCAGUCAUGUGUUAAACAAACACAGACACAACCCCCUCUUAAUAAUGCUUCUCCACAAAAAAAAUUAUUUCACGGAUUUUAUGUUCUGUUGACCAAAAUGGGUGAACACUUAAAUUGGAAUUUGCCUCAUCCACCAUGCUCUGUGUUGGAUCUGAGCCAACAUUAGCAGCCAUCUUUGUGCCAAACUGGGUUGCAGGGUUGGCUGAUCAAAAACAAUGUGUGAUGAGAACUCCACGGGAGUAACAAAUCAUAAAUGUGACCUCAGUCUGCUUGCAGUUGAAGGCAGCCUUGUGCUAAUGUUUGUGUUUAACUGUUUGAUUUAGUCUAUGUGAAAUCAGCCUUGGGCAAGGCAAUAAGCUUGGGCUUAUUCGUGACAAUAAAUAAUUACAGGAUUAAAAAAAAUACAACUCACAUUUGAAUAGAUUUCAAUAAUAUGUAGAUAUUAUAGGCUACUCACGUCAUCUUAUGGACUACAGGGUGGCUUCAGGGAUUUUGUGGUCUUCAACAGUGACACUAUGGUGUUCAGGUGGAGUCAAUACUCACUGUUUUUUGUUGUGUUGUUUCCUUUUCAUUACAGUAUAUCCUCAUGUUUGCAUGUGCACGGAAAUGUUCCAAAGUGCUACCCUCAAAUGCUGCAGGGUAGUGCUCAUUUCUUUAUUAUGCAUGAAAAUUAAAGUCACAUUGGGUGAAAUGGGAAAAUCUAGCAAUUCAAGACAGACAAUUGGAAACACACACGGGGAUAAUGGUUCUGUUGGCUUUAUUUUAAGAGAAAAAUAAGGGGUCUUGUUUAAAAUGUUGUGGAUGUCUUUAGCCUAUUUCAUGUUCUUAUUACCUUAUAAUAAGGUCCUUUUAUGAUGAGCUGAAUAUUGAGAUGAAUUUUACUCUAUCCUUGUGAUGGGGAGAUGUGCUCCCCCGUUUAUUUGGCACUUCGGUUUGUUGUAAUGC